GUAUAAUUAAACUUUUUUUUUUCAGCUUGUAAUUGUACUAAACACUCUCUCUCCACCCUAACAAAUCUCCACCGCUGCUUUCACUGUUCACACUUCUUAUUAUCUCACAAAUUUUCUAUCAUUUUCUCGGGAAAAUUCCAGCUGAAGAUUCUGACUUCAACAUAUACUUUCAGAUUGAUUGGUACUCGGAAGAAUCCGAGAGAAAGUUGCCCCGAUCCAGCUGGCCACGCUCGCAGCAUCUCAUUCACACGUGAACCUACGCGCCGCCUCCACUCCGAGACGGUUCCCUGCUUCCUCCUUGCAGGUACGCUUCUUAUCAUCUUUCAAUCGCACCGUGACUGUAAGGAUGGCUCUCCCUCCGUCUGCCCAAAACCCAGUUGUUGAGCAGCAGAAAGUUACAAUAUCAAACAAACAUGGUGAAAAACUGAUAGGCUUAUUACAUGACACUGGAUCCAACGACAUGGUUAUAUUAUGCCAUGGUUUUUGUUCCACAAAGGAAAACGAUAUCAUGGUGAAUCUUGCCAAGGCAUUAGAAAAGGAAGGAAUCUCUGCCUUCCGUUUCGACUUGGCUGGAAAUGGGGAAAGUGAAGUUUCAUUUGCAUAUGGAAAUUACUGGAGAGAGGCUGAUGAUUUACGUGCUGUAAUCGAACACUUCCGCGGAGCAAGCCCAAGCAGAGGCAUAAGUGCAAUUCUUGGGCAUAGUAAAGGAGGCGAUGUGGUGCUCCUAUACGCUUCAAAAUAUCAGGAUAUCAGCACAGUUUUCAAUGUUUCUGGCCGUUAUGAUCUGAAGAGAGGCAUUGAAGAACGAACUGGAAAGGGUUUUAUGGAAAAGAUCAAACAAGAUGGAUUCAUUGAUGUUAAGGAUGGAACGGGGAGUGUCAUUUAUCGUGUGACCAAGGAAAGUCUGAUGGAUCGCCUGAAUACUGAUAUGCAAGAAGCAUGUCUUGCGAUCAAGAAGGAUUGCAGGGUCUUCACCAUUCAUGGUUCUGCUGAUGAAAUCAUCCCAGUGGAGGAGGCGUUAGAGUUUGCCAAGAUCAUACCAAAUCACAAUCUACACAUCAUAGAAGGAGCAAAUCAUUGCUACACUUCACAUCUAACUGAGUUAGCAUCUGUUGUGUCGAACCUCAUGAAAGCAACCUUAAAGCAGGGCAACGAUACCGUUAGAGGCACUUGAGGGUCUCGUUGCUGUGGUUAAUCGUGUGACUUGUUCUGUUUCUGUCCCGGGUUUUGAUUUUCUAUGUGCAUACCUAUCACCUCCGCGGUACCUAAUUUGUUCCUGGGCUUGCAGAAUGUCUAGUAGACUGUGGGGAAUAGUUGUGGUGCACGCAAGCUGGCUCGGACACCUCACGUGGAAAGAAAAACAAAAAAAAAAGAUACCCCUUAGAGCUCGGUAAUGAUGUGCAUCAAGAUAUAAAAAUGAUACCCUAGAUGGCAGUUGAUCCAGGAUAGUGUGGUUUUCGCUUUUUUCAUGCUGUUUUUUCCAAGAAUUGCUGGGUUUGUCAAGGUCUAACUUUUUAAUGUGCUUGUAUUUUCUGGUGGGUCCAUCUAUUAAUAAUACAAGCAUUUAAUAUCAUUAGGAAACAA